AUGACGGAAAUUUCCGGAACUGCAAGCGUACACGGCAGAGACAGCUCCUCGACGGACGUGACUAUCACCAUACCACCUGCUCCAGAGCCAUGUCCCCCGCCAUUGCCGCCAUUAGAACCUCCUCGAGGAGUGCGAUUUUGGAUGGUCUUCCUCUCGACAUUACUUGUAGACAUGCUCGCUGCCCUAGACCUUACUGCGGUCUCGACUGCGCUCCCAACAGUCGUUCAACAUCUACAUGGCAGAGAUUUCGUCUGGGCCGGGGCGGCCUUCACGAUUGCUUCCACUGCAGUGCUUCCCCUCGUCGGCGGGCUUGUGGCCAGUUUCGGUCGAAAACCUGUGCUUGUUGUGUUCAUUGUCCUAUUUUGUGUCGGUUCGGUGUUGUGUGGCGCGGCCACAACUAUGGGGAUGCUCUUCGCAGGACGAGCUCUACAGGGACUCGGAAGCGGCGGAAGCAUGUCGGUCACCGACAUCGUUGUCGCCGACAUGGUGUCUCUCGCCGAGAGAGGCAAGUUCCAAGGCAUCUCCGCUGCGGUUUGGGCGCUGGCGUGUGCUGUUGGGCCACCAAUCGGCGGCGCCCUCGCCGGAUCGGGAGCAUGGCGAUGGCUGUUCUUCCUCAAUCUUCCUAUAUGCGCCGUCGCCACCGGCUUCAUCUGCACAUUCCUCCCGUCCCGGGUGCCCACCGGCAGUCUCAAGGACAAGAUACGUCAAAUGGACUGGAUAGGCAACGCUGUCAUCAUAGCGAGCACAUUGCUUGUCCUUGUCGCGAUAACGUGGGGAGGGGCCAAGUACUCGUGGACCUCGGCCCCAGUACUUGUUCCCUUCGUUGUCGGUAUUGAAGGCAUCGUGGCGUUCUUCGCUCUUGAAAGAACGUGGUUGAAGGGAAAGACAGUACCAGAACAGUUCUUCACCGACCUGACAACACUGAGUGGGUAUCUCGGCACGUUCUUCCACGGGAUCGUCUCCCUCGCUCUCAUUUACUACUACCCCGUGUACUUGCAAGCAUCCAAGUCCAACUCCCCGUCCCGCUCCGGAAUCGACCUCCUUCCCCUGGCCUUCGCCAUUCCCCUCGCUGCCAUCUUCACCGGCAUCAGCGUCGAGGUCCUCGCCCGCUACCGCCCCCAGAACUACCUCGGCUGGGCGCUCACCGCCAUCGGCUUCGGCCUGCUCACCCUUCUCAAGGCGGACUCCUCGCGCGCCCUCGCCCUCGCCCUCCAGGUCCCCGUGGGCGCCGGCCUCGGCAUCCUCUGGAUCAGCACCCAGUUCCCCGUGCUCGCGCCCAUCGCGUCCGCCGACGCCGACGCCACCGCGUACGCGCUCGCCUUCUGGAUCUUCGCGCGCACGUUCGCGCAGGGCUGGGGCGUCGUCGUCGCCGGCGCGCUCCUGCAAAACGCCCUCGAGCGCGACCUCCCGGGCGCGUUCCUCGACAGCCUCGGCAAGGGCAAGGGCGCGGGCGGCGAGGUCGCGUACGCCGCGAUCCCCUUCAUCCCGGCGCUCGCGGAGCCGCUGCGCAGGGAGGUGCGCGUGGCGUUUGCGGAGGGCGCGCGCGCGGUGUGGGUCGCGAUGACGGGCGUCGCGUGCGUCGGGUUCUUGACGUGCGUGAUGAUGCGGGAGGUGCCGAUGGAUGUGGGCGGGAGCGGCGCGGCGCCGGUGGAGAAGAAGCCGCCGCCGCCGGGUGACGAGGAGAGCGCUGUGCAUUCUGACCUGGAGCUGGAGUCGCAGGUGGCGGAGGCUGCGGGUGAAAAGUAG